AUGGGUACUGCAAUAGAUGUCCUAGAUAUUCUCGAUCUGAAUGAAUCAAGUCCCAGAAAGUCUAUGCUUGAUAGAGAAGCCAUUCUGAGUCGUGCAGAGAAAAGAAAAAGUUCUCGCCCCAACCCACCACCAAAAAGACCCGAUCAUGUUCCUCGUGAAGUUUGGGGUUUACAUAGCACUCUUAACAAUAAUCUUCCUCCGAUUAUGCCAACUGAUAAUACACCUCUUUAUAAACAACCUAAAGCUGUGAUUGGUGUAGGGCGAGUUCGUUCUUGGCAAUGGACACCAUUUACAAAUUCCGCUAGACAAGAUAAUUUAGUCUUAUAUCAUUGGAGACGAGAAAGCGCUGAUCCAGAGGCUAAUAAAGAUUAUUAUUUUGCACGAUACAACAAGCAUGUCACUGUUCCUGAAUAUACUACCGAAGAGUACGAAACAAUGCUAAAGGAUCUAAAAUGGAGUGAAGAGCGUACGGCACAUUUGAUGGAAUUGGCUAAACGUUUUGAUUUACGUUUUAUUCAUAUGAGAGAUCGAUGGGAUUGUGAAAAGUUCCCUGGACGUCCAUCUGUUGAAGAUCUCAAAGAAAGAUAUUAUGGAAUUCUAACACAAUUAGAUAAGGCUCGUGGAACAAAUCUUUCACAAGGUCUACGAUAUGAUGCAGCACAUGAACGUCGACGUAAACAACAGUUAAGUUUACUUUAUGGUCGUACAAAAGAUCAAGUUGAAGAAGAACAACGUUUAAUUAUGGAAUUGCGUAAAAUUGAAGCUAGACGUAAAGAACGUGAACGUAAAAAACAAGAUUUACAAAAACUUAUCUCAUUGGCUGACAGUGUAACUCGGGAUUGUGAAUUAUCUGAGCAUACAGGUUAUGAGACGAAUACAGAUGAUACAAAUUCUUGGCUUACAUCUACACACUCGUCUGUUGGCGGUGGUUUAUCAUCUUCCAAUAAUUCAUUGUUAACAUCAACAACACUAACAGGAAAUACUGGAUUACAACGUAAACGACCAAGUGGUGUUAGUGGUUUGAAUGCUAGUAAUAACAAUAUUGGCAAUAUUACGUCAUCAUCUAGUCAGUUAAUUGGAAAUACAAAUUCACUCAUCAAUACAGAUUCUAGUUGUACUAAUUUAACAAGUCUAGGAGCAGCUGGUGGUGCUAAUACUGGAGCAUCGAUAUCCUCCGGAGAUAUUUGUGCUUCGUUAAAUUCUGCCUCGAAUACAGCUAAUACUGCAUUAAAUACACAAUAUUCGAUAAACUUUUUGGAUGUUAGCAAAAAUCCCGGUGCUCAUCUACGUAGUCAAAAGAUGAAAUUACCCAGUAAUUUAGGACAGAAAAAGACAAGAAUCAUUGAAAACUUCUUAGGUCAUUUACAAAUUGAUCCUAAUCCACCGGCAACGGCAGAAAUUGUUGAAGCAUAUAAUGGUUUACGUUCAAAAAUUCUACUUUUAUUCGAUUUACGCCUAGCUCUAUUAAAUUGUGACUUGGAACUACACUCAGCUCGGCUACGACUAGAGACAUUUGCUCCUAAUAAACCAUUACCUUGUGGACUUGCCAGUCUUCCAAAUCCUAGUAUAUCAGAAUCACCUGAAGAUUCUUAUUAUAAUUUAAUUGAUCCAUUAAUUUUGUCAGCACUUCGUGUAGCCGAUUCAAAACGUCCAAUUCUACCGCGUCAUUCACUUGGAGUUGCUGGUACAUUGGCUGCGGCUGCUGGAAGUUUAGGUAUGCAUAAUAUGACUAGCGGAAGUAGUGGUAUUCCACCUAUGAAUACAACAAUGGAAAAAUCAGAUACAAAACAAUGUCGAUUGAACUCAUCGUCUAUCGUGAAUUCUUCAGAUAAUGGACAGUAUAAUUCUAGUGGAUUAACAACUACUCGAUCAUCUCCAGCAUUGUCAGGAGGUGGUGGAGGCACUGGAAAUCUAGACUCGGAUAAUUCAUCAUCAGCCGGAGAUGGUAUCGGUAGUUCACAACGUCGUAGAAGAGCAGCAGCUUUAGAACAAGGACGUGUUUUAAAGAAACUUAAAAUUAAAGGACAACUUGUUGAUUGA